CUCGUCUCUCUGUCUCUGCUCUCUCGAGCUCGGCGUCGGCAGCGGGCAGCCUCUCACCUUCAGCUCGUCACUCUCUCGAGCUCGGCGUCGGCAUCCCCUCACCCUCCCCUCGUCUCUCCCCUCGUCGUCAUUUCGUCACUCCCUCAGCGUCGUCAGUUCGUCACUCUCAGUCUCUGGGUUUCUCACCUCGUCGCUCUCUCGGUCUCUCACCGUGAGUCCGUGACCCUGCGUUCGCUUCGUCGAAACCAGUGAAGCAACAUCUGCUCCCUCGGGUGGUGGUGGUGGUCGUCGUCUUCUCUACCAGGAUGGCUGCAUCUGUAAGUGAUGGUUUUGAGAAGUCCUUGAGGGAAAAUAGGGAUUGCAAAUUUCAUGCCCCGUCUGAGUAUAAGCGAUGUAAAGUUUCUACCGUUCGUGAUUUCCCUGAAGGAUGUGGACCGUUUGCUCCAAGGAUUGAAGCAGUUUUAAAGUGUGAGGACAAUAGCCAGCAUCCUGAGUUACAUGCCAAAACUCUUGUCCAAACUACUGAUUGCAGUUUGAAUAAGGAAAAUCCAGUCGUCUCAUCUGAUCAAGUGGAUAGGCCUCCUCUGGUAAAUGACGAACCUGCAAAAAUGUUGCUGGCAGACAUGGAAGCUUUGGCAGAUACAGAGUCUGGAAGAGCUGUGAAGUUGUCUUCUCCAGUUGGUGAGGUGGCUGGUUCCAGUGCUUGGACGGAGAACAUGCUAACUAGAAGCUAUUUUCCUCGAAAGAAAGUUUCAGCUAUUAGAGACUUUCCUGCUUUAUGUGGACGCAAUGCUCCAUCUUUGCUGAAUGAAAAUAGAGGGGUUGAGAAUGACUCAAAUGAUACUCGACAUAAAGUGCGGGAAACACUACGACUUUUUCAAGCUGUUUCUAGAAAGCUUUUGCAGGAACUAGAAGCAAAGAAUGAGAGGGGAAGGGUUGACUUACUAGCAGCGAAGGUCCUUAAGGAGAAGGGGAAAUAUGUUAAUGAAGGUAAGCAGAUCUUGGGAUCUGUACCUGGGAUUGAAGUUGGUGAUGAAUUUCAGUAUAGAAUUGAGCUUAAUAUAGUUGGCCUUCAUCGCCAAAUUCAGGGCGGUAUAGAUUAUGUGAAGCACAGUGGUAAGAUUCUUGCAACAAGUAUUGUUGCAUCGGGAGGCUAUGCUGAUGAUUUGGAUAAUUCAGAUGUAUUGAUAUAUACAGGACAUGGUGGUAAUGUGAUGAACUCUGACAAACAACCUGAAGAUCAGAAGCUUGAACGGGGAAAUCUUGCUUUGAAGAAUAGUAAUGACGAACAGAACCCUGUUAGGGUGAUCCGUGGUGCUGAUUCAGCAGAUGGAAGGUCCAAGAAAUAUGUUUAUGAUGGACUCUAUCUAGUUGAGUCUUGUUGGCAGGAUAUGGGGCCACAUGGGAAGCUGGUAUAUAAGUUUCGGUUGCGAAGAAUCUCUGGUCAACCAGAGCUUCCUUUGAAGGAAUUGAAGAAAUCUAAGUAGUUCAAAAUGGGAGAAGGUCUAUGUGUUAAUGAUAUUUCUUAUGGGAAAGAGCGAAUUCCAGUAUGUGCUGUGAAUGUCAGAGAUGAUGAAAAACCCCACCUUUUAAAUACAUAACCAGCAUGAUUUAUCCUGAUUGUGAUCUCAUUCCUGCAGAAGGAUGUGGUUGCAUUAAUGGUUGUUCUGAGUUGAGAUGUUCUUGUGUAGCCAAGAAUGGGGGUGAAAUCUCAUACAAUCACAAUGGGGCUAUUGUCUAGCUCAUUCCCACAGGCAGAACUUCUGCACCCAACAUCAAGCUUUGGUGCUCAAGCAAGCACAAGUAGUAGCUCAGUGUACUCACAUUUUGUCCAUAAUUAAGUACUCUUCACUGGUUUACUUUCAGUUCUGAGAGUCUGCAGCACAUUUUGCAAUAUCUUAAAACACAUGUUGGUUGUGUUUUUUAAUUUCCUUGCAUCCUCUUUGAGCUUGGAUUGCCAACUAUGCAAGUUGGUGGCUUUUUCUUUUUGUCUUAUUUUUCCUUUUGGGUAUAGGCAGAUUGUAACAUAUAGCUUGAAAUUCGGAGUCACAAUCUCCAGAGUUUUGUAAGCUAUUGUAGCUUGUUUUGUGAAUAGUUUUGACCUCCAAUUUUCCCCGCAUAGAAGCCCUGGAUACCCCAACUUUUUUAUAGGCAAAUAAAAUGAGAACACAGC